CCGAACCCGACAUCGUCACCCCUUAAUGAUACCGACGUUCACCUACGAUUCUCGAUUUCCACGAUAAUACACAUUCAGCGACCCACCCACCAGUCACAUCACCACGUCGGCAUCUACAGCAACGACCACCACAUCCCAAUAUGCCUGGGCUACCUUCAUCCGUCGAUCUCGACGAGUGCAUCUCGCGCUUGUACAACAAGGAGUUGCUAGCCGAGUCUGUCAUCGAAGCAGUCUGCGCCAAGACGAAAGAACUUCUUAUGCGCGAGUCCAACGUCGUCCAUGUUAAAGCGCCCAUCACCGUCGUUGGAGAUAUCCACGGCCAGUUCUUCGACCUAAUCGAGAUUUUCCGCAUCGGCGGCUACUGUCCCGACACAAACUAUUUGUUCCUUGGAGACUACGUCGAUCGUGGCAUGUUCAGUGUCGAAACAAUAUCCCUACUCGUUUGCUUGAAACUACGGUACCCUAAUCGCGUACAUCUUAUUCGAGGAAAUCAUGAGUCGCGCGGUGUGACGCAGUCAUAUGGCUUCUAUACAGAGUGCUCGCGCAAAUAUGGUAAUGCCAAUGUGUGGCACUACUUUACAGACAUGUUCGACUUUUUAACUUUGAGCGUUGUGAUCAACGACCAAAUAUUUUGCGUCCACGGAGGCCUUUCCCCUUCUAUCCAUUCUAUCGACCAGAUCAAAAUUAUAGACCGUUUCCGCGAGAUCCCCCAUGAAGGCCCCAUGGCCGAUCUCGUCUGGUCUGAUCCUGACCCGGAGCGUGACGAAUUCUCCCUUUCACCCCGCGGCGCGGGGUACACUUUUGGAGCACAGGUUGUUAAGAAAUUCCUGGCUGUCAACAACAUGUCGCAUAUCCUCCGCGCCCACCAGCUCUGUCAGGAGGGCUUCCAGGUCCUUUACGACGACCGUCUCAGCACUGUCUGGAGUGCGCCCAACUACUGCUACCGUUGUGGAAACAUGGCCAGUGUUCUUGAAGUGAGUGACACGGGUGAGCGUUUCUUCAACGUUUUUGCGGCCGCGCCCGAGAACGAUGUCCAUAAGGACCUUCAACCCGGAAACGAAAAGUCUGCCGACGGCAACGCCUUGCCAGACUACUUCUUAUAGAUGAAUUUUAUCACGAAUACACACUUACAGUGCCCUGGAGCUUCAAGCUCGGGCUUCACGAUAUCCGCAUCAAUGAUACCAUGUCUUGAAAGCAAGCAUUCACGCAUUGCAACAGACAAUAGACCUGCAUUGUAUAGCAAAGACUUUGAUGUAUAUAGGGAUUUUUA